UUGCAAGGCCUAGAAACUAUAUAUAAAGGGCCAUUCCUGCUUGCUGUUCAUCCCAGCCCAAGCUAUCCCCAUGGAGCUAACCACAGCCCCUAUCGUCUUCCUCUCUCUUAUCUCACUGAGAAUUCUCGUGUCCUUGCUUAGCCGCAAAUCGGCAUCAACUUACUCCAAGAGAAGGCGGCCUCCUGGACCAAGGUGCCUCCCGUUCAUCGGAAGCCUCCACCACCUCCUGACGCCGCAUCCCCAGGUCGCCCUCCGGGACCUGGCCAAGAAGCACGGCCCCGUGAUGUACCUGCGUCUUGCCAGGCUACUCGUGUCGUGCGCCAACGGGAUCACCGGGAAGGCAACCUUCGGCGAUGAGUGUGACGCCGAGCUCCAAGAGCAGUUCCUGUCCGCCGUCGCGGUGGCGCUCGAGUUCAGCGGGGGAUUCUGCGUCGGGGACCUCUUCCCGUCCCUGUGGUUCAUAGACAACCUCACUGGUCUGAAACACCGGUUCCGGCGAGCGCACCGGCAGCUCGAUGCCGUCUUUGACGAGAUCAUAUCAAAGUGCGAGAAGCGGCGAGAAGAGAAGAAGACGGCGACCGGAGCUCGAGAGGAUGACCUUCUGAGCGUUAUGCUUAGAAUCAAGGACGAGGGGGAGCUUGAGUUCCCCAUCGGCAUGACAAACAUCAAGGCAAUCAUACUAGAUUUGUUCACUGCAGGGACGGAUACGACAUCAUCCGCUGCCGAGUGGGCCAUGACAGAGCUUAUAAAAAACCCGAAGGUGAUGGAGAAGGCCCAAGCAGAGGUGCAAACAACACUGGAUAACAAGAGCCCAGAAAACCACGACGGGCUCUUAGGCGAGCUAACCUACACGAGGAUGGUGAUCAAGGAGACCCUGAGGCUGCAUCCACCGGUGCCGCUCCUGCUCCCCCGCAUCUGCAGGGAGACCUGCGAUGUUGCCGGGUUGGAGGUCGCGGAGGGCUCCAGGGUCAUGGUCAACGCUUGGGCUAUAGGGAGGAGUCCUGAGUAUUGGCUUGAUGCAGAGGAGUUCAGGCCUGAGAGGUUCAAGGAUAGCACGGCAGACUACAACGGCACACAGUUCGAGUACCUGCCGUUCGGGAGCGGGCGGAGGAUGUGCCCCGGCAUGAAUUUUGGGCUGGCCGGGUUGGAGCUCAUCGUGGCACAGCUCCUCAACUACUUCGACUGGAGCCUCCUAGCGGGGAUUCGGCCCGAUGAUCUUGACAUGGACAUGAUCGUUGGUGCGACGGCCAGGAGAAAGAACCAGUUGUGCCUAGUAGCGUCGCCGUAUAAGGUUCCGAUGGAAAUUCAAAGUUGAUUGAUGUGCAUGUAAUUGUUGUUGUUGGCGGUUAAGUUUUGUUUUAUGAGUGUCAUGUAAUGGACAAAUCAAAAGGUUUUAGUCCAAGUGCAUUUUUGUUUUUGUUUGUUACUCCCUCCGUGCCGAAAAGAUUGGCACAGCCGGUUAUUUUGCAAAAACACCCCCACCUUUUGUUUGCAUCAUCCCACCCUCCAUUUCCGGAAAAUCCUCCGUACCAGCAAGGCAGCAACCCCUUCGUCUCCUCCACCUCUCUCUCGUCUCCUCCGCUCCCUCUCUCUCCCAGGCAACUCCGGCCCCUGCCCUCAACCUCCCUUUCGUCUCCUCCGUCUCCACCUCCAAGAGGGCCGGAUCCGGCGGCGGCGCGGGAUCUGGAGACGGUGAGGCCGAAUCCGGGGGCGGCAAGGCCACCGCGCCAUGGCCUUGGCUACAUCGCUCUACCACCUCCUCGCCACGCCAUGGUCUUCGCACCCCAUCGCCGGCCGAUCAACGUCACCAAGAAAUCGCCAUGCUGUUCCACCGCGCCAUGGCCUCCGCAUCCCACUGCGGCGGGCGCCUCCGGUCUGUGGUUUAUGUUCCCUUCCGCAGGCGGAUCCGGCCACAGAUUUGGGAUUUGAUCUGGGAUUUGGGAUUUGGGAUUUGGGAUUGUGGAUGCGUGUAAUUGGAGAUUGCAAGUGUAAUUGUGAUAUUCCAAAAACUGUAGGACUUAAUUGUAAAUUUGUCUUCUGAAUGAGGCUAUGCCAAUCUUUUCAUCACAGAGGGAGUAACUUAGUGUCUCUUGAUUGGAAAAAAAGUUGUUAACUUUGUACUACCUCACUCCAACAAUAGAAGGGGUAUUAGUUUUCUUUUGACCAA